CAUUUUAUUCUUUGUGAAAGUUCCGUUCCACAUCUUUAAAACACGCCGACCAAAGCACUAGUUAUCGUAUGAGAAACUCAACAAGAGAGUAUAUCUACAUGUAUAUUGGAAUUUAAGUUACAUUGUUUACCAGGUAUGACAAACAACAGUCCAUGGAGCCUGUCUGUUCUUGUAGGAUUGUUUGUAGUGAUUCAAGUGCUCGUAUUUUUAAUAUAUCAAUCGGACAUAAAACUUACCAGCGCACCAUUACCAUCCCAGUCGGACGGUAAACACACUGAAAACACAUCAUCAUCCACGAAGAAACUCGAUUUCAAUACACAGAACAGAAGCAAGGGUCUGAGAAUACUUUGGUACAGUAUUCCAUUCUACUUAAGACCACAUGUCAGCCUCUUCAAAUCCAAGCCAUGUACGUGCAACUGUUCAGUUUCUGUGAAUAACGGUGACCUUGCCAAAAGCGAUGUCGUUGUAUUCACUCAAUCAUACAUGCCACAUAAACCACCUCCAAAAGAGAAACACCAUGUCUGGUGUUUUAACACAAUGGAAAAUCUCGCGUUCGCUGGUAAACCAGGACCUCUUUGGAUGGAUAAAUUUGAAUGGAUAAUGUCGUACCGUAGAAAUUCCGAUAUUUCCAGACCCUACGGAAUCAUCAAAAAACGUGAAAAACCUGUCCAAAGAGAUUAUUCACAAGUGUUUAAACAGAAGACCAAACUUGGUGUGUGGAUGUCUGGUCACUGUCCCGUGCCUUCUAAACGAAAACCUUACAUUCAGGAACUGAAAAAGUUUAUGGAGGUCGACAUGCACGGAUCCUGCGGGAUGGGCACCUGUGUCAAAAGAACGCCAUUCGUUACACAGUGUGUACGGAACUUCUCGAGGGAUUAUAAGUUUUAUUUUUCAUUUGAAAAUAAUAUAUGCCACGAUUACACGACUGAGAAAUUCUACAAUUUCUUCAGUACCGAAAAUUUGAACAUUGUUCCAGUGGUUAAUGGACCAUCGAUGGCGAGUGACUAUCUCCCUAAAGGCACAUUUAUAAAUGCUUUAGAUUUCCCUUCGCACAAAGACUUGGCUAAGAAGUUAAAAGAAAUAGGAUCCAAUGAAACUGCUUAUACACAAUUUCUGAAAGAAAAGGACAAAUAUUACGCUUUAACGGAACCAGAGGUGUUCCGAGAAGCAAUGUGCGAUAUAUGUGAGAAAAUACGUAGAGGUCAAAAAAUUCCCACGAGGGCAAAUUUCUGGGAAUUUCAUUAUAAAGAUAGUUGCUAAUGUGAUGCUAUGUGAAUUAUCUGUCUGCAAAUAUCAACAGGAAAUAUUGAAUUAAUAAGUGUUUCCGUGAUACAUCAUUGGUAAAAAAUCUCAGUAUAGAUAUGAUAAAACAAAUCCAUAAACAAUGUGAUAUACCAGUGCGCUGACAUGCACCUUUAACCCAGUUAGAGAAAUAACAACCUUGUGAAAUUACUCAUUUCGAAAACCAAACAUGGAACAGUUGUUCAAGAGAUUCUGUGUCGCAAUAUUUCAUUAUCCCUAUAAAACUAAAUUUUACAUCUCUAGGUAUGCAUUAAAAGACACUCUACACAAUAGAUCAUUGGUAGAGAGUUCGCUUUGUUACCGGGAGGCCAUGACUUCGAGUCCCUCUUGUGUCAUGGCCGCUUCAAACCUAUGACGUUAAAAUAGGAAGUGAAUGCUCCUUUGCCAAAUGUUGGGUAUUUAGAAGUGAUAAUCAGGGUUCGUUCGGAUAUGACCUUCAAAACAGAGGUCCCGGGUCGUGUUAGGCGUUGGAACGUUAAAUAACCCUCAAUACGGCCCUGAAUACUAAGUAUAAGUCUAAAUGUGUGGUACUUUAGAUACAACUAGUGACAUCUCAUUAUGGAUGAAAAUUUCUCGAUGGAAAACAAUCAAUUAAACAAGAACAAUAAAUUGUAUAUGGUAAAAAGUUCCAUUGUUUAGUGAGUUCCCUAUGAUUGCUUUUGAAAACUUAUUAACACGGUUCCUCCCUCAUACAGAUAUCAGAAUCCCCCACUCCAUACUUUGAAACACAAUGCAAACUCCCCUGAAACACUCCACAAAAUAUUACGUCUUCCACAGAUGUAACACAUUAUAUAAAGUGUAUACAUUUCAUCAAUCUAUACUGUACCAGUAUUCAUGGUUAUAUCUGAAAAACAAGGGUUUUUUUUAUUUGGGUUUUUGUCUGGUUCAACACAUUUAUUCAAUUGUUUUAGUCAGGAUUUUUGACAACUGCCCCUGCAUCCCAACCUGACCAGCGGGUAUGGAGACUCAAUGCUAUUUACACAAAUACUCACUUUCACACUUAUGAUAGACUUUCAUACCAAGGAUAGAAGUAAAGAGUAAGAAGAUAGAGGGGAAAAUUACUCUUGCUGCUGAACAAAUGCAUACAAAUAAGGGGAAAAGAUUGCCAACAUAGGUUAUGUUGUUUUGUUUACCCUGUGCACAAUCUAAAAGUCUUAAAAUGUUGGUAUCAACAUCAGUAGAAAUAUAUAGUCAUGCACAAAUUAUACUGAUGUAAUGUACUAUCUGUGCCUAUAAUAUUCUUAUACACAAUGUAAUAUAUUAAAUCAUUCAUUCAGUUUUAAAACAAUUUCCAUUUUUCCUCAAAUUGUUCUCUGCAAAUUCUUCCCAAGAGCUAUGUGUCUUUCAAUAUAAUAUACAUUUAUCCAGAUAUUCUUAAAUUUUACUAGAAGCAGUGGACUUUCUUUAGAUUGAGAAGAAUAUAUAUAAUGUUUCAAAUGAAAAUUUAUGAUAUUAAUCAAUUCAUUCUUUGAACAGCCAAGUAAAAAUGCUUUCUUAUUUGUGACAAUAUCAAAUGUAAAAUAUUUUUUUUAAAAAACAUCUAUAAACAAUUCAUAAAAUAUUCUGCCCUUUUUCACACUCAUAUAGAAUAUGUUCUAGUGUUUCUUUUUCUCUAACACAAAAACUGCACAUGUCAUGAUUAUUUUAAUUGUUUUCAAGAAAGUAUUUGUAGUUAAUAUUCUUUGGUUUAUUCUAUAUUGUAACCACUGUAUUUUUCUAUCAUUUGUAAAGUUAAAAACAUUUAGAUUAUUUUUUUCCAUUCUUGGUCUGUAAUUUAAAAUUUUUGUUCCAUUUCUUUUGACCUGUUGGUGUUUCACCACUGUAAUUGUAAAUCUUGUAUAUUUUUAUUUCCAGCAUUUUUGUAUUGCUUGUAGGAGUUAUGAGAUUGAUCACUGUUCGUUAUCUUCAUCUUGCAUUAGCAAAGACAAAUGGUAAAAUAUGUAAUGGCAUAUGUUCAUCUUCUUUCCUCAAAUGAUUAAUAGCAACAUGUUUACAAUGUUUCUUAACUACUUGUAACACACUAACAAAUUAUAAAAAGAUUAUAUACACCCCAACAUAAGUAUUUGUAAAUUGAUCAUAUAAUAAAUAUGUUCCAUUUUCAUUUAUCAAUGAGUUUACCAAAAAUAUUUCAUUUCCGUACCAUGAUUUAAAAAAUAUUGUCAUUAUACCAUAUUACACUUUUAAAUAUAUCUUCAGUAGCAUUGUUUGUAUCAAAACAUAUGCAGAGUUUUUUCCAGGAUUUAAAAACAUCCAUCCAGAAAUGAUUGUUAAAGGUUUUAAUGUUUUUUAAUGCAAGAUUUGGUCCUAAUUUAAUUCUUUUGUAAAUAUCUAUGCUUGCUCCUAACAUUUUCUGCCACUUUGGUGUACUUGUAGUUUGUAAAAGUUUUUUUAUCCAUGAAUCUUCAUACUUUCAUCAAAUUUUUCAAUAUCUAUCAUUUUAAAAAACCCAUCUAUGUAUUCUUGAGUAACUACUUUUUUCUUAAUCUUAGCCGCAGGGCUUUUCCAUACAAAAUCAAAAAAUAAUUUAUUAACAAUUGAAAAACAAGUAGCCUGAUUGGUUAUUUCAUUAUUACGUCAUUACAAACGUCAUUAUGUGAGUACUUUCCCAUUAAGGAGAGUAAUUUUCUAUAUGGAAAUCACAUACCAUUUAUUCAUAGAUCUCUAUAGAUUUCUCCUGACACAUUAUUAGAUUAGCUAUAUGACGUCUGUCUAAACUAACAAGAUUCCUUUUCUAUAUGACUAUCUUUUCUAUAUCACUAUGAAGCAAUCCAUCAUUAACAAUAUUAACUGGUAGCCACACAUAAUGACAAUGAUAUGGAAAUAAACUUCAACAAUUUCAUAACGUUAGUAAAGGAAGUUACAGCAAACAAAGGCCUGAUAAGGAAGAUGAAAAUUAAUCUAAUCUUUUUUUUUUUUUUUUUUUUUUUUUUUUUACAUUUUAUAUGAUUAAAAGUUUCAACUGAAUUUAUAUUAGUAUUUGUGGAUGCAUAUAUUGAUGCUCAUUAAGACAUGUUUAUACCUGUGAUGUUCCGGUUGACUGAUGUAUUAUUGAAAUGUCUCUUUAACUGCGAUCUCCAUUAUGUAUCACCUGAGUGAGAGACUGGUGUGUGGAUACAUUAAGCAUUUAAAUCAUGCGUGAAUACUGGGGCCGUGAUUUCCAUCUCCAUGGGAACAGAUUACGUUAGUGGCUUCACAGUUUCAAAGCAAUAUGCGUGUACACCUUCGGCUUUUCUCGUAUUGAAAUAAAAGUAUCAUUGGGUUUACUUCGUUUUUAUCUUGUAACAACUGCACACACAAGGAUUGAACUAUAUGCACUUAUGGAACGUAGAAGAAUCCUGAUUUUAUCGCUUACACAUCGCAUAUUCUUGCUAAACUAGCUGCAUUGUAGGUUUAAAUAUCCGUGUUCAUUCAGUCGUAUCAGUCAUGUUUUUUACCUGUAAAAUGGCUCCGAUGACUGACGCUGCAUUUAAAUGCUUUGCUCUCUCUCUCUUUCUCUCUCUCUCUCUCUCUCUCUCUCUCUCUCUCUCUCUGUCUGAGACAUAAGCUAUGUUUAAGGUACCGUAUUACAGUAUAUCCUUCCUUAAAUCAUUUCGAUACGCAUCUAAUCAAAUUAACUCGCUGAAAUAUCGAAAUUACCGCAAACUCGAUGAUUAACAUAUUGGAUUUAAUUUAUAACAUAAAUCAAUAGAAACAAAAAUUCAUCAAAUGAUAUUGAAAAAUUAGAUCAUGAAUUAGUUACAAUUGAUCCAGACUUAUAUACUUUGAUAGCGAUGUUCAUCAAAAAAUUGUUCUUUGGGACUCGCCUAAAACACAUUCAGGGUAGAAUUACUACUAACAUAGAAUGGAAGCAGAUAUCGUUUUUGUUUUGAUAAAUCAAGAUAUGACCACUGUAAUGUAAACACUUUCAGCUUUCUGAAACAGUAUAACAUUAAGUACUUUGCGUUAUUUUGUAACCAUGGAAAAUUGGUUAAAUUGAAAAAUAUACAUGAUUUAUAGGGUAUGAUUUGUGUUAAAUUUGAUUACAUGUAUUUGUACAGAUCAUUUGCUUGGUCCAAUUAAAGAAAAGGUAAUUCAAUUUUUAUCUUAGUAUCACAAGCAUGUCAUACACUUUCUUUCAAAAAUUACAGUCUUGGAUUUGGUUGAAAAAUAACAAAAUAACAGAAGAAUUGUAUCAGCACCUAAGUGUGAUAUUUUCAGGGUUAUAGGAAUACUUUGCUUAAAAUAUUGUUAUUGGUUGUAUGCAAGGUGAAGAUAACGAACAGUGAUCAAUCCCAUAACUCCUACAAGCAAUACAAAAUAGAUAGUUGGGCAAACACGGACCCCUAGACACACCAGAGGUGGGAUCAGGUGCCUAGGAGGAGUAAGCAUCCCCUCUAUAUAUGGCAAUCAAUUUACAGAUAGAUUUCAAGUAUUUCAUCUGUUAACAAGUUAAUUCCAAUGAAGAUUUACUCCUUAUUAUCAGAUAAUUGGAACUUAGUGUGCAAAAAUGCUCACUGUUUGUAAAUUCUGUAUCCCUGUUUCUAGUAAGGACAGUUUUGAAAACAUUUAUUGAUGACAUAGAAUACAUUUUCUUUUCUUUUUUCUUGUUCUUCAGGACUUGAAAAAGUAAUAUUGCAAAGAGAUUUUGUAGUCAGGAGUAUUAUUACAAUCUUGUGUAUAGAGUUUUGUGUCAGUAGCCCUACAGAAUUAAAUGAAUGAAUUACAAUAUUCAGAAUCUUUGUUCUUGUCCCAAUUCUUUUUAGAAUAAGCCAACAUCCCACUGAAGGUGAGAAAUUCAGACUUUAAAACACAAUUUAUAAUGAUUUUAAUGUAACUUUGAAUGUACUUUUAAACGUAUGGAUUUGUUCAGCAACAUGGAUAAAGGUUUAGAGAUUGUUUGCUGCAUGCGUUUUGCACUUUGAUUCAGUUUGGUCCUAUUGCUUUACUAGGAGUACUGGCAGAAUAUCAAUAACUUCAUUCUCCUUAAAUACUACAUCAGUUAGAUUUCUUCACGCAUGGUAUAUCAGGUUGAUGAUCUACGCCAUUAAUAUUUGAAAUUGAAGUACAAAAAUUGUUAAGUAACACAACUUUAUCUAAAUCAGAUAAUAGCAGGGUUGCAUUGCCAUUAUCAUUAUCACACUUGUAUUGAAUGCAAUGUAUUUCACUCUUGGGUUUGUCAUGGAAAAUAAUCUUUCAACAAUUUCCAAUACACUUAUCUAAUAUUCCUAACAACAUCAUUUAAAUAAUUUUCUCUGUUGUUAUAAUAUAGUUUAAAAUAGCAAAUUUCUUCAUAUUUGUUAACUCUAUUUUUGAUUUUCCUGAAAAUUGCAAUGGUCGUAUUUUAAAAUUUAAACCAAAAUUUAAACAAUUUCCAAUACAGUUUAUUAUCAUUCCUACUAUCAUCAUUUAAAUAUUUUCUCUGUUUAAUGUCAUACCAAUUUGAAAUAGCACAUAUAACACAUGAAACGGAUGUGUUUCAUACCGAUUGUUAGGCUGUUCUUGACACACUGAUUUUGACUAAGGAUAAGUCCGAUUAACUAAUCAAGAUAUAGGGCUCACGACAGGUGUCACCGGUCGACAGGGGAUGCUUACUCCUCCUAGUCACCUUAUUCUACCUCUGGUGUGUCCAGGGGUCCGUGUUUGCCCAACUCUCUAUUUUGUAUUGCUUAUAGGAGUUAUGAGAUUUAUCGCUGUUCGUUAUCUUCACUUUUCAUAUGUUAACUCUAUUUAUGAUUUUCCUGAAAAUUGCAAAAUCUGAUUCUUUUCAUGUAAUGAAAGGUGAAGAUAAAGAACAGUGAUCAAUCUCAUAACUCGUUUAAACAAUACAAAAUAGAGAGUUGGACAAACACAGACCCCUGGACACACCAAAGGUGGGGCCAGGUUCCUAGGAGGAGAUUCUUUCAGAACCUAUUACAUGUACGUUUGUAUUUUCGUAACUACGAGUCCAUUCAAGGUUUGUCGUUGGGUCUUAUUGUGACAGUUGUUUCAGGUAUACUUUCUUUGGUAAAUAACAUGACCUGUUGAGUGACAAUCUCUGUAGCUGAAUUCCUACUUUCAGACACAGAUAAAAUUGUUUCCAAAUUGUUAAGUUGAUCAAAAUGCAUUCUUACAGAUCCCAACGUUUUGUUUAUACGACACAUUUAUGUUAACAUUUCGUUCAAUAUAUAUGCAAGUUACCUUGUGAUUGUUGAGCAAAUGAUCAAAGCUCAUAUUUCAUGAAUCGUGCACUAUCAAUACUGGAGUUCACUUACAAGAAUUGGGUCGACAAGUGUUCCACGUUUAUGGGCUCUGUAUUUUGUCUGAAAGGCGAACGCUAUUUAUGGUGUUAUAUUUCAUGUGUGUUUAAAAAUUUUUAAAUAACUUAGGAUCACAAUAUUACUUGAUAAAUCACUGGCUUAAUCAACCGACCAUGAAAAGGUUGGCCAUUAAUACAUUAUCUGAUUUGAGAGGACAGUAAUUGCAACAUACGACCUCCAAUAGGUUACUAGAUGGGUGUGCUAUUUCUAUUUAUAUACAUUCUGUAUCAGUAGUUUCAAAAUCCUCUUGGUGAUUAACAUUCAGAGAAUUUGAAACCUAUAUCAGAACACAUCUUCCAUUUCAGUGCAACCAUACCCUUAUCCUUCUAUCACCCAUACCCUUACAUCUAUUAAACAGAUAUUGGUAUUUUAUGACUUUAAUGCAAGUAUUUCAUUGUUCAUAACGCUAUUUAAUUGAUUAAAGAGACGCACUUUACAAUUUUACAAAUGUGGUAUAUACAUGUAAUUGUAGGUGGGUGUAGUAAUUGGUGUUACAUGGUAUACUUUGGGCACAUAUGGAAUACAUAAAUGCAAAAAGAAUUAUCAGUCAUGUGUUUAAAGUUACAUAUAUUAUCAUAGAUUGUAUUGGGAAAUAGCAGAGGAAAUGUGAGUUGAAAAAAAUGAAUUUCAUGGCAUUUUUUCACUUCUGAAACAAAAUUACGACUUUGUUGUCUAAGUUGAAUGCGUCCCCUGAAAUCCUCCUCUCAGAAGACAUUUUGUUUAUACUCUCAAUGACUACAUAAACAGUACUCAAACCCGCAACACUCGAGUUUUACAUUGCAUGAUCAACUUCGGUUACAUUACGCAACUAUGCAUGGUGGUUUACAUUUCGUUUGAUAAACAGUACCACACGGACGAAACAUUUGAUCUAAUAUUUUUCAUUGACGUAUACCACAAGACACUUUCGGAACACCUUUUUGUUUUCCCGCUAUUCUAUGACGUUGUAAACAAAAUCCGAAAAAUAAAUUUACCUGACAAUACGCAGUUUUCAUUGAUCACGUGAUUGCUACCCAUCGUUACCUUACAGAAGCUAUCUCCCGUGUUUAAAAAACUUCAUUUGUUGCAAAUUACGGACAUGUACCUCUAAAACUAAUUUAUGACAAUACGUUCUUGAUGUGUGUUGCCUCAUGUGUGGUUAAUUUUAGCCUCCAUGCUCGGGUACAUGUCACGACUGCGCAUGUUCAUUCUAUUCUUUGUGGAUAUUCCAUUCAAAGUCGUCAAGAAAACUUCGAUCCAAAAUCCAAUCAUCGUACAGGAGAAUUCCAACAGGAUAGCAUAGUUAUUUGUACAGGAGCUUGGGUGGCUUCUUUCACCAGAGAUGACAAACUCCAGCCCCUGGAGGCGGUCUGUUUUGGUAGCCUUACUUGUAGCAUUGAUUAUAGUUAUUCAAGUGCUCGUAUUUUUUGUGUACCAAUCAGACAGAACACUCACUAGAAAAGUGCAACCAUCCCAGUCAAAUAAAAAACUUUCUAGAAACACAUUAUCAGACUUUGAUAUGGAGACCAAUUCCAAUACACAGAACAGAAGCGAGGAGCUGAAAAUACUUUGGUACAAUAUUCCAUUUUACUUAAGACCACAUGUGAACCUCUUCAAAUUCAAACCAUGUACGUGCAAGUGUUCAAUUUCAGUGCAAGACAGCGACCUCGCCAAAAGCGAUGUCGUAAUAUUCACCCAAUCAUACAUGCCGCACGAUCCACCCCCAAAAGAAAAGCACCAUGUCUGGUGUUUUAACACAAUGGAAAAUCUCGCUUUCGCUAUUAAACCAGGACCUCUUUGGAUGGAUAAAUUUGAAUGGAUAAUGUCGUACCGUAGAAAUUCCGAUAUUUCCAGACCCUACGGAAUUAUUAGAAAACGUGAAAAACCCGUCCAAAGAGAUUAUUCACAAGUGUUUAAACAGAAGACCAAACUUGGUGUGUGGAUGUCUGGUCACUGUCCCGUGCCUUCUAAAAGAAAACCUUACAUUCAAGAACUGAAAAAUUUUAUGGAGGUCGACAUGCACGGAUCCUGCGGGAUGGGCACCUGUAUCAAAAGAACGCCAUUCGUUACACAGUGUGUACGGAACUUUUCGAGGGAUUAUAAGUUUUAUUUUGCUUUUGAAAAUAAUAUAUGCCACGAUUACACAACUGAGAAAUUCUACAAUUUCUUCAGUACCGAAAAUUUGAACAUUGUUCCAGUGGUUAAUGGACCAUCGAUGGCGAGUGACUAUCUCCCUAAAGGCACAUUUAUAAAUGCUUUAGAUUUCCCUUCGCACAAAGACUUGGCUAAGAAGUUAAAAGAAAUAGGAUCCAAUGAAACUGCUUAUACACAAUUUCUGAAAGAAAAGGACAAAUAUUACGCUUUAACGGAACCAGAGGUGUUCCGAGAAGCAAUGUGCGAUAUAUGUGAGAAAAUACACAGAGGAGGACGGAAAAUUCCCAACAGAGAAAAUUUCUGGGAGUUUCAUUAUAAAGAUACUUGCUAACAUGAGUUUGUAUGAAAUAGUUUUUAUAACACCUUGCUUAUAAGCAAGAAUAAAUAAGUAAUUUUGAA